AAAUAUUAAUAAACAUUGUUUAAAAAAAAAUCCCGAAACACAUCACAUAGUCAAAUUGUCGUAAAAACGUCGCAAAUCAACGCAUGUACGGCUUGCUUGUGCUUGUGCUACGCAUGCGCCACUCACAUCAAUGACACAUUGGGAACUUGCGACAAUUUAUGCCGUUUGCUUAGGUAAAUGGUGUGUGUUCGAUUUCAUGUUUCUUGCGAAAAUAAAAUACACUGCACCAUGUGAGUAAAGCUUGCGCAUGUUUUACGCAGGAGUGACGCCCACAUGAGAGGAAAGCCUCGCCCAGUUUGUGUUUCCUUGACCGUAAAAUACAUUUUAAUCGGUGCGAAAAAAAUGCCUAUUUGAUAACCAACCAAGUACACGUUUCAAUUUAAUUGCCAUAUCUCGCAGCAGUUUUGUAUGUGUGCAUUGAAGGAUUCCUAGUCACCGUGUUGUUUCUGUACAGGUCAUGUUUCUCGCAUUCCUUCUGCUCCCAUGUUUUCUCUGGGUUCCAGGUACCAUUGGUAAAGAGUAUGAAGUGUGCUAUGGCGCAUCAUUUCGCAUUCCAUCUCAAUAUGCGCCCCCUGGAUUCACUAAGAAGCUUUACUUCACUCCAAAGAAUGGAGGAACGAAGAGGCUAUUGCUUGAAAAUGGCCAGGCCGUUGACCCACGGGUGAAACUUCGCAAUGGGACUCCUAUUUUGUAUGAUGUGACAGAAAAAGACAACGGAUAUUUGUCCGUUCCUUUCGGCAGCCAGUUUUUGUAUCACAACUCACUGAAAGUUUUAGAGUGUGCUGACAAGGCGCAGAGGUAUUACCAUGCUACGUAUCGCAUCAAUAUUCCCAGUCAUGCAGAAAUCCUGGAAUUCUCUAAAAUUGACCAACCGGAGCUGGUAAUCCUGUGGAAUCGCAGCAACUCCCAGACCGGUGGCACAUCCAGGGGCCGGAUGAUAAAUAAUGCCUGGGAAAUUUCAGAGCUUACACAGGCUGACAGUGGCUACUACAAUAUUCGGCAUAAAGACAACAUUUUAUUGUCGAGGAAAAAACUCACAGUCACAGAGCACACAAAAAAAUAUAUACCCAAGGAGGAAACUCAUUUCGUGAUGCGAUACCCACUGAGCUUUACUCCAUGGGAUGUCACCUUCGAACCGAGUGGAGGUGACAAUUACCACAAGCAAUCCAUAACUAUCAUGAAAUCUGGACGUCAAUACGAAAAUGAAAUAUCUUCUGAGCAAAUGGUUUUCUUUGAUGGCGAGGGCAUGGAAAUUGAUCCUAUAAAGUUACAAAACUCCGGCGACUAUAAAUUCCGAGACACAGACGGAAACUUGGUGUUUUGGGCCAACGUGGAGGUCGAAGAGGUACAAACGCCUGCGUAUAUUUACGUUGUCCUUUUGGCGGCUAUUGCUGUUGCUGUGGGUAUCUGCUGUUGCUGCGUAAGAAAAUGCUGUUGUAAAAAGAAAACUUCCAAAACUCCUGCACCGACUCAGGAAGCGGCGGCAGCACCAGCUGUGCAUUACCACGGCACAAAUCAAUCUACAGGACCAGCUUACUCCCCGGCACCACCUGCUGCAACAUACUCAUACCAGCCUGCGAAUUCGAUCUUCCAAAGGCAACCGUCCCCUGCGCCUGCACGUGCACCAGCGCCCGCCUCCUCAGGACCACCUGCGUACAACAGAGUGGAUAUCCAUCCUGAUCCAAACUCGACAGAGUUUGAGUCUUCCCAGCCUGGACACGACGUCGCUACUGCUCCGUCCGUGGCACUUGCUUUUCCGCCUUCGGACCCCGACCCCAAAUUUGAGCUGAAAGGGUUUCGCUUUUCCUCCGACCCUCCGCUCUCGUCUGACUCCACUUUCGCCAGUGUUUACACCUCCGAUAAGCUCAACUUCUGAGAAGCUUGUGACGAAUACUACACUACUGCAGGUACACAUCACGAGGGAAAACAUGGCCGUGCCAUCAGUAUCAAUUUGUUUCGUGACGUGUUGUCUGGCACGGCAACGGUGGACCCCAGACAUACAAAAAGGAACUAAAAGGAUGUUGCAGGUGGUCUUUGUAUCGUAUCAGGAAAACAAAAGUCGUCCCACAUCUCAUAGUCACGGCCAGAUAGAAACUGAGCAGAAUUGGUGCACGUGUUCUGUAAGAAAAUAGAUUGAGAAAUGAAACACUGCUGUGCGAUAACUGUUAAAGACAGAAAAUCGGCACCUUGUCCCUAUGCAAAUCCCACGUAAGGGGGCCAAAACUGAGAGUCGUACGUUAAAGGUGCUACGAAAUGGUGACCAUGUCAAAAAAAUGACUGUACUCAUGCUGUCUUUUACCAUUUCAUAGUUAUUCCAUGCAAAACAAUGCCUCAGGGAACGCCCACUUUUUGUCAGCAACUGACCUUUCGCAAACUCCACCUCCUAAACGGCAUCGACCAAUCAUAUGUUCUAGAGACCGUUGUUAGGCUGCGUUCAGACUGCAUCUGAUUCCAAUCGGAUUCCUCCUCAAAUCUGAUUUUCAGGCCUGACUGUUCACACUAUCUUUAGCAAGUGUCGAAAUCGGAUAUGGGCCUGUUCAGACUGAGCCACAUUGACACACCUAACAUGUUAUUUAUAGAGUGACUUAACAGACGGUAAAAAUUAGAGUUGUCAGAUAAUUACUUAACCAUUAGCCGAUAUGCCGAUAUUGUUCAACUUGAGGGCUGCAGCUAUGGAUUCAUCUAUCAGUUAGUUGGUUCGAAUAAUCGAGUAACCGGAUUUCGAACAUUUAAGGUGCAUUUGCAGAAUAACUUAGGAUAUGUAAAACAAGUGUUUUGUUAGCAAUAAUUUUUAUUUUAUCUUGCUAAGAUGACACUUUUAAAAAGAGCAUUAAAUGCGAAUCCAAAAUAAAAUUCCUGGGUGUUUCUUCACACGAUGCAGAACUACACUUUCAUUUCACAAGGGUAAUAAAUGCAUUUAAAAAUACAUUAAAAUACCUAAUCUUAGCCUCAAACAAUAUAUUAAAAAAUGAAUAAAUGAGGUUCUAUUUACAACAAAAGAGCAAUUGGCUAAAUUGCAAAGCAAAUGUCUGCUAGCUUAAGUGCUAUAACAUGCUACAUUUUUUUUUUUACAAUGCUCUAAACAAAUCGUUCAAAUACAUAUUCCCACAAAAAACUGCUAAAUAUACUUCUAACGAAUGCAUAAACAAUCAUAUUAGCUCGAACAAAACAUACCUUGUGUUGGUCUUAACAGGGAACAGCUGGAUUCAGCCAUGUUUGACGAGUUAUGGCAUAUUCACUGUUGUUACUAGAGGGCAGUGUAUCCACUCAAAUCAAGAAAAACUAAAUGCACUUCCUAAAUAAACCAUUAAAACAUCACUCCAAGUAAACAAAUCCUCCAAGCAGCAAAAUUUGAGUUGAGGCUUUUUUUUAAUCGAUUAACUCGCGUUCAUCAAUUAAUCAUUGCAACACAGUCCAAGUUAAAAAAUCUGAUGCAGAUAACAAAUUGAUGCCGAUAUAUGCAGUCAUGGACUUAGUGUAGUGACACAUUUUUAGCUCAUCGUCACGUAAUCGUCAUGAAAAAAAUGUUUGUUGACAAAAAUAUUAUGCUUUUAUCGGCCGAUAUUAUCAGCUACCCAAUAAUAUCAGACAACUCUAGUCAAAACCCAUCUGUGCUGUUCAAAUAGCGAAGCUUCUUGUCCAUAUCUGAUAUAAAACUAUGUGGUUUCAAUCAUUCUCGCAAAAAUCUGAUUUCUGUGCUUUGUGACUGUUCAGACUACUGUACAAAAGAACCAUCUAUUGUCAAUCUAGAUGGGCUAAAAAUCCGAUUUUGGUUGCCAGUCGGAACAAGGCCUUAAGCAUGUACGACAAACUCUCAGAUGCCCUAUUGUCUAAUUGAUUGAUUUGGUGGUUUUGAGAUGCUAACUGCCAUAAAACUUUACUGAAGAAGACAAAAUGAUCAACAAUGAUCAAUGAUUCAAAACGGUGAAGCGAUGAGCCUGUGGAAUAUCUAAAUCGGACACGAAGUACCCCAGGACUAUACCAAUAGAAUGUGGUUCUUUCCCUUCACAAAGCUGAAAAAUCAAUUGGAUUCCAAUGGAAUCCCAUCUAAAUGUUAAGCUAACGCCAGAGGCUAACAAGCGGACUGUCUUGGCUAACUUGCGCGUAGAGGCAAGAACAUUCAUAAAACUGGAUGCAAAAUUGUUGUUACUAUUAUCGAAUAUUAUAUCUAACUUGGAUUUCAUGGCUAUAACGUCUAUAUCGGUAGCGUUUUCAUUAGCUAACGUUAGUUAGCCUCAUGUCUUCAUUUUCGUUCUAUAAGCUAACAUUAAAGCGAGACGCUUCCUCUUUUUAAAUAAACAUAGCCUCCUAAUAGGCGCUUUGAACAUAUUUUGUUUUUAUUUUCCGUGAAACAAUUUGUGAAGGGACACCUUAGUAUCCCAACCAUUUGCCUUGAUAGCUUGCUGCAGUUUUUUUUAUAUUUUCAAUGUAAUCCGGUUUAAGUUUGGAGUCACGAAGCUUGGCGGCUUAGCACCUGUAAUUAAGGGAGGAAAUCUUUUGUGAAAGGUCAAUUGAUGAUCAUGCCUAGCUUUCUUGUAUUGCACUAGCUAGUACAUGUGGACAGAAUGUUCUCAUGGUAGAAAGCCUAUGGAUUAGCAUGCUAGCAGACAACAAAAAGCUGCAGCUUGAUCUGGGUGUGACAUAAAUCCUUUUGGAGAUUUUUUAGGAGGCCUAGGCAGCUAAGAAAUGACUACUUUCGUUAUGCCUUUGCCCUUUUUUUUUUGAUGGAUUUGUGUCAAAAAUAUAGUCUAUCAUUUUAAGGUCACUUGUUGUAGCAUUUCAUAGCACCUUCCAACCUCUCUACUGUGGGGCAAAUAUGCUAAACACUUGGACCACCAUGCUGCCGCUGUGUGUUCAUACAGGAGGUAAAUGUGUCGUUUGACUUUAACUCAUUCAGUGUCAAUGAUCUCAAAAGCUGUCAAUGGCAUGGGAUGAGCUAAAAUAGCAGUGAUCUCAAGCGUAAUCAUGUUACCAUUAAGUGUUGCUUCAUGUUGGAAUGUAAAUGCGUUCUUGUUCAUGAUAACUUUUUGAGGCCUCAGGUCACAUUUCCGAGCUCGUUUUGGAACACUGCUCUCAAAUCACCACCGUGAAGUUGGCCCCCCCAUCAGACGCAAAUGUUAUAUGAAAAUGAUGUCAAUAGUUUGUGCUCUGUUUGUGCUGUAAAAAUUUUUGUCUGUGCUGCUAUUGUUUUUAAGAUAUAUAUAAUUAUUUUAUAGGUCAAUCUGAGGUCAACCAGCCCCCCCAUUUUGAUUAAA